AUGCAUGUGAUCAAGCCGCAGUGGUUGACACACCCGGGUGAGCUAAAAGACUUCGAAGUCUAUAGCUGUGACGUCUCGCCUGACGGGUCGCGACUCGUUACAGCCGCCGGAGAUGGCUAUGUGCGCAUAUGGUCUACUGAGGCCAUUUUGAACUCGAAUAACCCCGAAUACACGAAACCGAAGCAGCUUGCUGCUGUCAGUCACCACUCGGGUACAAUCCACGCCGUGCGCUUCUCCUACAAUGGCAAAUACCUGGCAUCGGGCGCAGAUGACAAGAUAGUAUGUGUCUAUGCGCUAGACAAGAAUGCACCGCCGACACACGCAGCAUUUGGAACUAACGAAGCCCCACCCGUCGAGAAUUGGCGCGUCAUCCGCCGCCUUAUAGGACAUGACAACGAUGUGCAGGAUCUCGGCUGGUCUUACGACUCUUCCAUCCUCGUCUCAGUGGGCCUAGACUCCAAGGUGGUAGUGUGGUCAGGCCAUUCCUUCGAGAAACUGAAGACGCUGUCCAACCACCAAAGCCACGUCAAGGGCAUCACGUUCGAUCCGGCGAACAAGUACUUCGCGACCGCAAGUGACGACCGAACCGUCAAGGUAUUCCGAUUCAAUUCUCCUCCGCCAAAUGCGACGCAGCAAGAUCAGGUCAACAACUUCGUCCUCGAGCACACCAUCACCGCACCUUUUCAGACGUCUCCACUCACCACAUACUUUCGCCGUUGCUCUUGGUCACCAGACGGUGCGCACAUUGCUGCUGCUAACUCGACCAAUGGACCAGUCAGUUCUGUUGCUAUUGUUGUGCGUGGAACCUGGGAUGGAGACAUCAGUCUCGUUGGCCACGAGGGUCCAGUAGAAGUUGCAGCCUUCUCUCCAAGACUCUUCUACAGUCAGCCGCCCACAUUGCGAAAUGAUGGAAGCGUCAACCAGCCUUCAGUUACCAUCAUUGCUUGCGCUGGACAAGACAAAUGUCUGAGUGUGUGGAUCACCAGCCUACCAAGGCCUUUCAUAAUAUCGCAAGAGCUGGCCACAAAGUCCAUCUCCGAUUUAGCGUGGGCGCCAAAUGGCGAGACAUUAUUCGUGACCAGUUUGGAUGGAAGUAUCUUGACCAUCGUCUUCGAACCAGGGGAGUUGGGAUAUCCUGCGCCACUUUCCGAGAAUGAGAAGACGCUAUCGAAAUUCGGCGCUGGGAGGAGGGUUGGUAUUAUCGAAGGCACCGACGCUCUACUGCUAGAAGAAAGCAGCAAGAGCGGAGAGCUCAAAGGUGUCCAGGGCAGAAUGGGUGCUUUGAUGGGCGAUGGAGGUGCAGUUCAGCCUCCAGCUCUUGCCAAUGGAACUAAUGGCGCUGCAUCAUCUGUGCCACAGACGAAUGGAUCGAGCACUCCUGCGCAAACAGCAGCGCCUGCGCCUGCGCAGCCACCUGCUGACCAACGAGUGGAGAAGCUCAAGCAACGGGUGACUGUGACGAAAGAGGGCAAGAAGCGCAUAGCACCCAUGCUAAUGUCAUCUUCCUCGGGAAUUGGCGAAUCUUCGUUACCACAAACACAACUCAUUUCCGCAACGACGACUUCAGGCGGGCGGAGUGACAAUCCACACAACAUCCUCGAUCUGUCAAAACCGUAUGAUGGAUUCCCUAAGGGCGGUCUUGCAUCCAUGCUGGUAGGCAACAAGAGGAAGUUUGCUGAAAUCGAGGGAGACGAGGAGCGACAGAUUGAACGAAGACUUGCCGCUUCCGUACGACCUGGUGGCGCAGCUAUAGUGCUGAAUGGCGAGAACGGUCUCCUUCCACCGGCUGCUGCUGCACCAAAAAGUAACGAGCUACAAGAACCUCCGAAAGUACUUCGGCCCGCCAUCGUCAACCCAUCUCUUAGCGUGAGCCAAGUACGAUUGGCAGUGCCCAAGGUUAGGAGCGUGAUUGUGCGCACGGCAGAUGGCAGUGAACCAACGCAGAACAGCGUUGAUGCCAAUACAGGCAAAGCAGAAGUGCCAGACACGGUAAUACUAGAAGCUCGAAAUGCUAGUGGCCCUUCUAGGACAGGUCGGCUACAAGAUCAUGAUCCUACAAGACUUACUUGUACGAGUAAGGGCCAGGUUUUAUGGCAGGACUUCUUACCAAAGGCUGUUCUACUAGUCACAGGCAACACCAAUUUCUUUGCCGCAGCUUGCGAAGACGGCUCCAUAUACGCUUGGUCACCAGCAGGUCGAAGAACACUAAACGCCAUGGUUCUAGAAUCGCAGCCCGUCAUUAUGGACUGCCGUGGCUGGUGGUUGUUGUGCAUAACCUCUGUAGGCAUGUGUUACAUCUGGAACCUGAAGAACAUGUCGUCACCCCAUCCGCCAGUAACGUUGGCACCUAUCCUCGACAUAGCAGCACAUGCCCAAGGCCCACAUCUAACAAGAUCCCCCGGUAUCGUGUUUGCACGUCUGAACUCUACUGGACGCCUAGUCGUGGCCAUGUCAAAUGGUGAUGGCUUUACGUACAACCCAGAAAUGUACGUUUGGCAACGACUCUCAGAACCAUGGUGGGGAGUCACAAGUCAGUAUUGGAAUAGCACCGACUCCUCUGUCGGUAACAUUCGAUCAUCAAAAGACAGUAAUACAGCACCGAAGGAGAAGCACGAUCACGUCUCCAUGGAAAACAUUUCAGCGGGCAUCAUACCCUCGCUGGAACGCAACACCACAAACCAGUCUCUUCUACAAGGUCGAUCAUUUCACCUGCAGCGACUCAUCAAGAUUCUCAUCUCCGCCGAAGGCUUCGAAACAUUCGAAAGUUGCGCUAGUGUUGCUCAUCUCGAAAAUCGUGUUGCAGCUGCCCGUGCGCUUGGGGCAAGAGAAGAGUUCAAGAUCUAUCUUACCAUGUACGUUAAGCGUCUCGGUGCGGAAGGUCUGAAGGGCAAGAUUGAGGAGCUGUUGAGAAGUCUGAUGGGCAACCUAAUCACGGAAGACGAAGGAGAUGAUGACGACGACGAGAUGAAGGAGCCCGAGGUGAUUUGCGGGUGGAAGAGGGAGGAGCUGUUGAAGGAGGCUGUAUUGAUACUUGGUAAACACAGAGAUCUGCAGCGUAUCACGGUCCCCUAUGCGCGCCUCCUCAACAUUGUGUCCGAGGGGCAGAAGCAAGACGACCAGGCGAUGAUUACAGAUAUCUAA